UAUCGCUAUGCAGGCCUCCGGGCCCGGGAGGGCGGCGGCAAGGGGAGGCGGCGGCGGGGGCCGCGCUGCCGAGCCGGCCCGGUACAGCCCGGGGACCCGGGAGCUGCUAAGAGUGAUGAUGGAGGAGUCGAAGCUAACACGUUUCCAGAGGCGACACCUGAUGGACUGUGUGAAACGAGGAGGUACUCUGCCCCUCCAGUUCCACCUCACACCCAGCAAAGAGCCAGAGCUUGCAGCACCUGCUUUCCCCCCACCAGUCUCCCAGCGCAGCAGGCUUGCAGCUAAGCCACACCUCCGGCCUGCCAAGGUCUGCCAGGCAGGAGAUGCCUACGUCCGAGAGAAGUUCAGGCCACGGGCAAGGCGAGAUUUGGAAAAGGAGAAGCAAAGGCUCCAAAACAUCUUAGCAACAGGGAAGGAUGUGGUGAAGUGCAACAUGAAGCAGACUCAGGUUGAGACAAAGGAAGAGGAGAUGCCUGAGCCUGACCGCUUUGAAGAAUUGGUGAAUGAAGUUCAGGAGAGGAGGGAAUUCCUGGCAGAGAUGGAAGCUCUGGGACAGGGCAAGAAGUAUCGAAGCAUUGUCCUCACUGAAAUCUCACAGAAAAUGCGUGAGAUGGAGAUCAUUGACAAGAAGAGAAGUGAGGAAGUAAGAGAGAGCAUGACAAAAGACUUCCCUAGUGGGAACAAACACGAUCCCCAUGACCAGACCGAGGGAAGAACACAAGUGCAGUUUGUUCCCACCUGUUCUUCCUAGACUCUUGGCAUCAGAGGCUGGAGGGCAUGCCUGUGCCUGUACCCAAAGAGGGGCCAGCACCACCUGUUGCCUAAAGCCAGAAGGCAGGAGCAACUUGUAAGUAACUGGUGACAGAAUAAAGCUGUCACAAGAUGCUACCCACACCCUGGAUCCCUUUUUGCUCAGCUGUUUUAGAGAUGAAAGCAGACAGCAGUGGCUACCAAAACAUGACAAAGCAGAGCCUCCUUCAGCCUAUGCAAUGCCUUAGAGGACAGCAAUCCACCCAUAGAAACCUCACUCCUUUCCAUCCACCCAGAGGUGGAGCUCUCUUGUAACAGCACAAUGCUAAUGUGUGCUCCAGUGCACAUCUAU